AUGGAGUCUUCAGCUGCUGCCCUGCAGCGGGAGUCAACGCCGCAGAGCCCUGCAAGUGUGUUGCGGUCAACGGCCAAAGUCCAGCCUCGGCAGCCGCCGAUCUUCGAGCUGAUGCCGCACUUGUUGCCCCAGCUCACCAUGCAGAACCUGGCAGACACAAGUUGGGCCAUGGGCAAGCUGCGACAUCGAGAGGUGCCUUUGCCUGAUGCCGUCAGCUGCCAGCUGAGCCCUGAUUGCCAUCCGCAGCAGCUGGCGAGUGUGGCGUGGCCACUUGCUACACUGGGACAUCGCAGUGUGUCGGCCCUGAGCGCAACCGGAAGAGGAAGUCAAGCCAGGAUUCAGGAGCUCACCUCGCGACAUCCGUCCAACUUGGUUCGGGCCCCGGGGAAGCUGAACCAUCAAGAUCGGCAGCUGUCAGACUGCAUCGCGGAUGCCUACCUCCAAAGCGCGGACAAGGCAGACCGACAAGGCCUGGCAAACACUGCCUGGGCCCUCGCUGUGCUGUGUCCGUACCAUCAGCCCUUGAUGGCAGCUACAAGGCGCCAGGCUUGCGACAAGAUGGGCACGUUCACUUCGCAGCAUGUAGCAAACAGCGCCUGGGCUUUUGCGAAGCUGGAAGUCUUUGAUUUGCCGGCAAUGACUGCUAUGUCUCCUGUGUGCAUGUCUCUGAUGCCGCAGUUUGGCACGCAGGGCCUUGUCAACAUGCUGCGGGCGGCUACCAAGCUGUUUCACGAAGGCGACCAACUGACUGCAGCCCUCUCGUCCUCGUGCUUGGACCUUAUGGCUGAGCUGACCACCAUCGAUCUGGCCAACUUGGCCUGGGCUCAUGGGGCCAUGUCUUGCUGCGACGAGGCAUUUCUACAGGCGGUCGGCAACCAAGGAAUCUGCAAGCUGCCACAGCUCGGCUCGCAAGAUCCGUCAAUCGCAGCACGGUGCUUUGCCAAGAUCACCUCUGGUGAGAAGCCGUCAUUUGGCGCAACCGCUGCCGUGUGCAUUGAGAAGAUUUGUGAACUUGGGGCGCAGAGUCUUGGCAACACAGGCCGGGCGUUCGCCAAGAGGCAGCUUGCUGGCCCCAAGCUGCUGGAAGCCAUCUCCAAAGCAAGCAGUGCCCGAAUGCGGGAGAUGAGGCCGCAGCAGCCCUCAAACAUUGUGCGAGGCCUUGCAACGCUCGGCCGUACCGGCCGGCCGCUGAUGGGGGCUACUGCGACGGAAGCUUCGCGCAAGAUGCACGAACUCGAUCCCCAGAAUCCGUCCAUGGCAGCUUGGUCUUGGAGGACUUCGGGGGAAUUGGGCAACAGCCUCUUUGAAGCUAUCAGUCUUGCAGCAGCUUCAAAGAUUCAUUCGUCCAAGCCCCAAGAGCUGAACAACCUGGCCUGGGCGCUUGCAACGCUAAAGGCUGCCGGCAGAACCCUAUUUGCAGCAACUUCAGCUGCUGCUCUUCGACAGGCGCCGACCUUCAAGCCCCAGGACCCCGCCAUUGCGGCGUUGGCCUUCACCCGUGCGGAGGUGCAUGGUGCCGCCUUAAUGGCUGCAACAGCGCAGGAGGCAGUGCAGAAGAUGCCUGACUUGCAGCCUCAAGAGCUUGGAAAUGCCGCCCGGGCACCCGCCAAGCUGGUGAUCCUCGACAUGCCUCUGAUGCAUGCCACCUCCAAAGAAGCCCAGGGCAAGAUCGAGCAGCUCAGCCCGCAGAAUUCGACCAAUGCUGCCUGGUGCCCUGCCAAGGUGGAGGCUCUUGGCCAGUCUUCGCUAGAGUCCAUCUGCCAGGCGUCGAUGGCAUUGCUUUGGGAGUCCAAUGCGCAGAACUCGUCCAAUGCAGUUUGGUGUUAUGCGACUCUGCGCAUCACCAAUCAGCCGUGUCUGCUGGCUGCAGCGGACGCCUUCUGCUACCAGCUUGCGGGCUGCGAGGCGCAGGCGAUCGCCAACACGGUCUGGGCGCUUGGCACCUUGGGCCUCCUUCAUGAGCCGCUGCUAGCAGCGACCUGUGACCACGCGAUGUGCACCUUGCAUCAGCAUGCCGGUCAGGGCCUUGCAAACCUGGUUCGGUGCCUCUCCACUUUGUCACCUGCCGGGCAGCGUGCAAUGAGAGCUCUUGCAGAGCAGGCGCUUCAGCGCAGCAGUGAGCUUCAGGCGCAGAACCCGGCCAAUACGUCCUGGGGCUCCGGCAACACGGAUCCCCUGCACCAGCCCUGCAUGGAUGCUUCAGCCGAGAGAUGCCUGGAGAGAACCGAGGAGAUGAAUCCACAGGGGCUGGCGAACAUUGCAUGGGCAUGGGCUCGACUGGUCCUGAUGAACGCGCCUUUGACGAAUGCUGCCGCGCAGCAGUCAGUGUUGAAAAUUGCUGAGCUCCAAAGUACGCGCCUCAACGCGCAAGAGCUGCGUUUGCCAGGCGAAUGUUGCAGCCGUGUGGGAGCAACAGUGGCAACCUGGGCUCAGGCCAGCGCUGACUCGGGCCACUGGAGCAGAGGCACGACGCCAGGUUUGGCUUUGCUUGUCCUGUGCUUGGCGACUGACUUCCGGUUCAAGGCCACAGCCUUGCUGCAGAAUGCGGCGACUGCGCCUAUUGUGAACGUGACCCACAGCGAUUCUGUGGGGAGCUGCCAGGUAGUGGCAUGGCCCGAUGGACGAUUGGAUUUCGAGCUUUUCGGCUUUGGCACCAAGGAGUGCACGGAGCGACUGCUGGAUGACACCAGCAAUGCCAUGGCACAGAUGGAUGCGGGCAUCAAAUGCACAGUGCUGGUGGACAUGCGGAGUGGGGUCGGCUGCUCCCCGCUGGCUAUUCCUCCCAUCGCUCGCUUCAUCCGCCGGAAGGCCUCGCGCCUGCAGCAUGUGGCCAUAGUGGGCCCGCGGCCCCUGAUGGCCAUUGCGCAGAUGAUCUGCAAGAAAACCAAAUUGGCCGGAGUGGGAUUUUUCAACGACCCGGUGGAGGCAGAAAAGUGGUGCACGGAUACGCCGUGA